GUGUUCCUGUGUUAUCAGACUGGAGAAAAUGGUUCUGCAGUCUGUCAGAGAUCAGCUGUGCUGCUCUGGCCUCAGCUCUGAAGUCCAACCAAGUCUACUUUCUGCAGAAGAAAUACUUUGUCCUGGAGGGGAAAUGUUCCAAAGAAAGGCGGCAUUUUCCUGUGAAAACAGGACUAUAUUCCAACUGAGAGCAGCGAGCGCAUUACUGCAGACAACAGAGAAACUGAGUCAGCACUGAUUUACUACGGUGCAGGAACCCUCCCCCCCCUCCUCCUCCUCCUCCUCCUCACCUCAUGUUGACCUGUCCAUCUCAACAAGUGUCUGCAGACAGCCCAUAAUCCUGCGUUUGGUUGUUCCUGGGUGGGACUAUGUUCUCCCUGUAACCAAAGCACUAAGCUUCUCUUCGAAACACUUUCAGAGUCUGUCUGAUGACACAGUCAGAUAAAGGCCAGGAAGAAGAUGGAGCCAUAUGAUCUACUGUUGCACUUCUUUGUAUUCUCACUCCGGUUCAUUAAUGUCCAAUCAGAUGUCUCCUUUGAUUAAAACCCUUCUGAAAGGAGCUCUGCCUGGCGUCGUUGAGAUGGUGCUGAAGGUGUGUGUGUAGUCUUCCUGGGAUCAGGUGUUGGACAUGUGUUGGGAUGUCUGUAAAUGAAAUGCAGGAACAGCUGUGCAGAGAGGGGGCUCUCUUUGCUGUCUGGUGACGGGGGUCUGUGUGCAGGUGAAGAACUGACCCUGGGUCAGCAGGGGCCCUGCAGGGGACAUGCUCUAGAUGUCCUGCUGAUGUGGGGACACCUCGUACAGGAAAGACUUUCAUGGUGUCUCUGUUCUCAUUUAUAAGGUACCUCACUGCAGGCUGCUCUCUUUAGGAGGGACGCAUGUUCUCUUUACAGAUCUGUUAAUCUAAAGACAGAAUGAAUACUAAACACACAGACAGGAUAGAAGACUCUUUACAGAUCUGUUAAUCUAAUUACAGAAUGAAUACUAAACACACAGACAGGAUAGAAGACUCUUUACAGAUCUGUUAAUCUAAAUACAGAAUGAAUACUAAACACACAGACAGGAUAGAAGACUCUUUACAGAUCUGUUAAUCUAAAGACAGAAUGAAUACUAAACACACAGACAGGAUAGAAGACUCUUUACAGAUCUGUUAAUCUAAAGACAGAAUGAAUACUAAACACACAGACAGGAUAGAAGACUCUUUACAGAUCUGUAGGUUAAUAUAUGCUGUCCACUCAUGGGAUGGAAGACACAAUACAGAUCUGUAAGGCAGUGACAGACAUGCGUUGUGCUGGUGUGUUUGUUGCCUCACUCUCAGCACUCUGCACUCGGGGAAGGUUUCCGCAGAUGUGUGACCUGAGUGUUCUCUGACUCUCUCCCUCCACGUUCCCGGUGCUCAGAGUCCUGCAGGCGUUUUAAUGAAGACUUAAAAACUGAAAGAUGCAGUGUGUGUCAGAGCUCCAGUACAGCCAGAUCCUUAAGCUAUUGUAACUCAGGUUAGUGAUGGCACACACUGCUCUGUAUUAGCUCUAACUUAUUUGAUAUGAAUCCAGUUUGGAUAAGAUGCGGUGGGUAAAAGGAGGGAGUGACAUUCCUCGAACACCACCUUUCUAGAAGUGGGAAGCCAUCAACAACAGACCCUCAUGAUGGUGUUUCUCAGUGAGCGGUAGCAGAGGACGCCUGGCUCUUCUGGCUGAUUCACAGUGAGGAAAUAAAAUAAUAUCUACACCUCCUUUCCUCCACCUCUCUCUCUUUUACCUCCUUCUUAUCCUCUUCAUCUUACUUCUCUUUUUCUCCUCCACUCCUUCCUCUUCUACCUCCUCGAACUCCUAUCUCAUCCUCAUUCCCUUCUGUCUUUCCGUCCUCCUCCGCUGUUUUACACCUGCUCCACAUUGAGAUGCAUCACAGGGAGGCUCAGUGAGCUGCUUCCUCCUCCUCCUCCUCCUCCUCCUCUACUUCCUCUUCUGCCUUCUCCUCUACUUCCUCCAACUCCUAUAUCUCUUCCCUCCUCCCCUUCCUUUUUCUUUUCGACUGCAUUUAUACCCCUCUUCCUCUUCCUCCUCCCCCCCCCUCCUCCCCCCCCUCCUCUUCCUCCUCCUGUUUUAAACCUGCUCCACAUUGAGAGCACCAGAGGGAGGCUCAGUGAGCUCCUUCCUCUUUCUCCUCUUCCAACCACCUUUUCCUCCACCUCCCUCUCUUUUUCUGCUCCCCCUCUUCCUUCUACCUCCUUUCCCUUUCUUUUUUCCUGUCCUUCUCCUCCUUGUCCUCCUCUACUAUUUCCUCUUCUUCCUCAUCCUUCUCUUCCAACUCCCACAUCUCAUCCUCCACCCCUUCCUUUUUACCCCUCAUCUUCCUCCUCCCCCUCUGUUUUAAACCCGCUCCACAUUCAGAGAGCAUCAGAGAGCAGAGGGAGGUUUCGGGAGAUGCUUCCUCCUCCUCCUCCUCCUCCUCCUCUUGCUGUCUGCUUGUUUGAACAUGUGUCCCUCUCUCCUCGGUGGUCCUGAGAUCGUCCCUGGAGUCGGUUCAUGUUUUCCUGUGUGAGGAUGUGGAGUACCGAUGAGACAGAGAUCCUCUCCGGUCCGAUCACGGUAAGAUGCUCCUGCAGGUUCACAGCUGUGCUAAUGCAGACCCCCUCACCUCAGCUUCCUUUCAACUCACGGGAAAUAUUACCUUCAAUGCAGUGCUGGGAAGUAACUAGUACAUUUACUCAAUGCUGUACUUCAGAACCCUUUGGAGGUACUUGUACUUAACUUAAGUAUUUCUAUUUGUUGCUACUGUGUACUUCUACUCCUCUACAGUUAGGAGGUCAAUGGUCAAGAAUGAAAAUCGGAAAACUUUCAAAAUAAAGGUACUGCAUCUUUGAUAACCAGAAUGUGUUCAUAUAUAUUAUAAUGUUCUGCCCAUAGACUGUAUAUAGAUACAGUCUAUGGUUCUGCUUCAUACGAAAGCAUGCCCCCACAUGAGUUUAAGGGAGGGGUGUAGUGCUGAUAAUGCGUUGUGGUCUGUUGGGACACUUUUGAAUCCGCAUGAAAACAUCUUAGAAAAUAACGCAAUGCCUGAACAAGAAGUGAUGUCUGCCGACACUUCAUCACCUUUAUUUAAACAUGAAAAGCAGUCACUAAACAUCUGUGCUUCUCCCUGGGCGCUUCCUUCCUCGGAUAGCUUCAGACCCAGCUGUUCCAUCCCUGAUAUCCUUCAGGUAAAAUGUGGAGUUAAAAAGCAGUACGCUGUAAAGCGUAUACGGUAAAGCUUUAUGGUUCUCUGGACUUUUUGAACUUGCUUGAUUGAAGUUUGAAAAUAGUUGUAUUCCUCACUUGUCGAGCAGCCCCCCUCCUCCACCAUGAGCCUCUCCUUCAGCUCGGUGUCGGCGGAGGAAGUGUGCAGCACCCGCUCCUCCUCGGUGUCUCUGGACUCCAGUGUCUUCUUCAGUGGGACGCCGUCUUCCUCCACCGCAGACUUACUGGAGUUCUUCAUCGUCAACGUCGGAGGAAGUCGCUACGUGCUGUCGCGGGAGCUGCUGGCGUCGCACCCGGAGACCCGGUUGGGGAAGCUGGCCCGAUGCAGCAGAGAGUCGGUGCUGGAGCUCUGCGACGACGCCGACUUCCUGGAAAAUGAGUUCUUCUUUGAUAGAAACUCACAGACCUUCCAGUAUGUGAUGAACUUCUACCGGACGGGACACCUGCAUGUGAGGGAGGAGCUGUGUGAGAUCUCCUUCCUGCAGGAGAUCGAGUACUGGGGCAUCGACGAGCUUUGCAUCGACCUGUGCUGCCGCGAGCGCUACCACCGCCGCAAGGAGCAGAAGGAAACCCUCAACGUUCAGCCGGAGUUUGAGCCUGAGGACGACGAUGAGGACUUUGUGGGUGCAGCUUGCCCGGCUUUCCGCCGCCGCCUGUGGGACCUGCUGGAGAAACCCAAGUCUUCCCGCGCUGCUCGCACCUUUGGUCUGCUCUCCUUCUCCCUCGUGGUUCUGUCGGUCAUCAACAUGGUGCUCAUCUCGGUAGACUUCGAGGAGGGCUCCGGAGAGGGCUUCGGUGCGAGCGACGUUGGUUUCUGUGCACCACUGCUCUCCGUUGUCCUGGAGUACGCGUGCAUGGUUUGGUUCACGGUGGAACUGGCUCUUCGCUUUCUCUGCGUGAGGGAUAAGUGUCGCUUCAGUCGAAGUUUUCCCAACGUGAUCGACCUGCUGGCCGUCCUGCCGUUCUACGUGACGCUGGCGGUGGAGAGCCUUCACGGAGAGUCUAUGGAGCUGGUGAGCGUGGGCCGUGUGGUGCAGGUCCUCCGACUCCUCAGGUCGCUCCGUAUGCUGAAGCUGGGUCGACACUCCACAGGCCUGAAGUCUCUGGGUUUGACCAUCGCUCAGUGCUACGAGGAGGUCGGCCUCCUGCUCCUCUUCUUUGCUGUGGGCAUCUCCAUCUUUUCCGCGGUGAUCUUCACUCUGGAGCAAGACGUUCCCGCCACCACCUUCACCAGCAUGCCGGCCGCUUGGUGGUGGGCGACCACCUCCAUGACCACGGUGGGCUACGGAGACGUCCGCCCCGACACGGCUGUGGGGAAGCUGCUGGCCUUCGUCUGCAUCCUGUCUGGGAUACUGAUGCUGGCGCUCCCCAUCGCCAUCAUCAACGAGCGCUUCGCAGCACAUUACUUUACCUUGCAGGUGAAGGAGGCAGCUGUGCAGCACGGCCAGAUGCUGAAGAGGCUGGCCCGUGGAUCGGUGGGGGGGUUGGGCGUGAACCUGAGGGAUGCCUACGCCCGGAGCGUCCUGGAGAUGUUGAGGCUGCAUGGGCAGGAGAGGGAGAGCACCCGGAGCAGCGUCGAAGACGACCUGUGGUGGUAGAACCAGCAGACUCAGACCCGGGGGUUCAGUGCGAGGUACAACCCCCCAGGAAGUGCGUCAGACGUUGAAUAAAUGUUCUCUAGUGGCCAAACGGCGGUACUACAACUUCAGUUUGACUAAGAUUGGGAAAGAGACGUCUAUAAUCAGCGUAUGAUGGUUGCUGCGAGACCGUCCGGCCAUUAUUGUCUUCAAGCACCACGAACGAGGCCUCCGGCGCUGUAUCCAGUUCUCUUCAUACAUCCAUGUGUAAAACCCCACAGGAGGCACCGGGGAGGCAACACGUUGAGACCCACAGAGGACAAAGCGGAACUAAAUCUUUCCUGUGUGGUCAUUGCCCCCUAAAAUCUUCAUUUCAACUAACAUUUUCCGGUCAAAGAGUCAAACCACAAAAGUAGAUUCUGGAAAUGUCCUCAUGAGGACUCUCCAGCAAGUGCACAUUGUGGAGAGCAAGGACUAACAUUUGCACGGUGCAAAUUAAGGUGGUCCCACGAGGGAAACACAUUUGAGUGGAGCUGUGUCAUGUCAGUGUUGAGAUUCUCCUCCUGACGUUAGGACAGGACGUGUAUUAGUAUAUGUGUACAAACCAAAGUCUCUCUGUGGUAUAAAGUGUGUUGUAUUUAUUCUAAGUGUUGGUAGAGAUAGUGAAGCCCUGACCGAGCCGGACUCCAUCCAUCAGUCUGCUCAGGCUGUAGUGAUUUCAGCAUCUUUUUGACUGAUAGUUUGCGGUACUCAAGCCGAGUCGUUCAGCCCAAGUGUCAUCACUCCCUCGAGACGACGAUCCUCUUUCCUCCUGACCCUCGGAUGUUUGUUUCCUUCAGUGUUCACGGCAUCUCGCCUGCAUUUAAUCCACCGCACAAUGAGCUGCACACACACUUGGACCUCAGGUUUUUUAAUGUCAGGUCUGAACAACUAACCGAUCCUCCUGGGGAAUAUUUUAGCUGUGUAGUGCAUGUGUGAUGGGGGGGGGGGGG